AUGAAGUAUACAUUUCUAUUUACAAUUCUCGCUACCCUCCUAUCGUUCCUGGGCCAUGUCAGCUGCCAAUAUAGAACAAAAAAUACACAAGCCUCCUCCUUAACUGAGAGGGUUCAACAAUUGACUGAAAUGGCAGUUAAGAGACCUGUAUUGAAGUUUAAUGGCGCAAAGUUUAAAGAGUUUGUGAAGACAACACCAAGAAAUUACUCCGUCAUAGUUAUGUUCACCGCAAUGGCACCACAAAGACAAUGUCAGAUAUGCAGGCAUGCCAAUGACGAAUUUACAAUUGUAGCAAAUUCAUUUCGCUACUCACAGUCGUAUUCAAAUAAAUUAUUCUUUGCUGUGGUGGACUUUGACGAAGGCUCCGAUGUUUUUCAACUGAUGAGAUUAAAUACGGCACCAGUCUAUAUGCAUUUCCCAUCGAAAGGAAAACCUAAACCAGCAGACACCAUGGACAUCCAACGCGUAGGGUUUGCUGCUGAAGCCAUUGCCAAAUGGAUUUCGGAAAGAACUGACAUACAAAUCAGAGUAUUCAGGCCACCAAAUUAUUCUGGAACCGUGGCAGUUGUGAUGCUGUUGGUUCUGAUUGGAGGGUUCCUGUAUCUAAGGCGUAACAAUUUAGACUUUAUUUACAAUAAGACUAUUUGGGGUCUUGGUGCUUUGUUUUUUACUCUGACAAUGAUAUCGGGACAAAUGUGGAAUCAUAUAAGAGGACCGCCGUUUAUUCAUAAAUCACCAAAUGGAAACUUGGCUUACAUUCACGGUUCCUCUCAGGGUCAGUUUGUUUUGGAAACUUACAUAGUGAUGGUGCUCAACGGUGCGGUAGUACUGGGAAUGAUUCUAAUUACCGAAGCAGCGGCGCGUAAGGGUGAUGUCAAAAAGCGGCGCAUCUUUGCAGUUAUAGGCCUUGGUAUAGUUGCAGUUUUUUUCAGUUUACUUCUCUCGAUCUUCAGGAACAAAGCCCAGGGAUAUCCUUAUAGUUUGCUGUUCAAGUAAUUGAAACGGUGGAUGAUCCCGGAAUAUAAACGGUCAAGGAGUAUAUAAUGAGAUAUACCAUUUAAUCCGAUUAUGUAACAAUUGUCAUAUCUUAUAUAUAUGACAAUGGCAAUCUCUGUUUCUUACUAUGUUGUGUGGGAGCGAUAAACGGUACACUUGAAAGUAUAAAGAAUCAAUCAUCUAAAAAUAAAAUUGAAAUAAAAUAUGAAAA